AUGUUUGCCCUUCACACACAUGCGGUGCUCAGCUCGUCCUUCCCCUCUUCUCUCGUGUCGGACGGGGAGGCGACGGCGGACGACGACAGCUCCGGCACGUUCGUGAUGAAGCGAGGGGUGUCGCACGUAGAGAGACUCCCGCGGGAUCUGCUGCUCAAUGUUUUUAUUGAUGUGAUCCGCAACGACGGCGAUAGCUUCGGUUGGAUCGGCGUCCUAUCGUGUGUGUGCCGCAGUUGGUAUCAGCUCUGUCAGCACCCGGUGCUGUGGGAGUACGUGGCGAAGCGCAUCUGUGUUGUCUACCCGCUGGUAGUCCGGCUGCACGGCGCGGCACCGUACGACACGGUGAGUCAGGAAAUUGUGAAUCGGAUGCGCCUCCUAGAGUCGAAGGAGCAGUGCAUCGUGCAGUACGACCCACUCGAGCCCCUCCCCGCCCCGUCGCGGGCGGCGCUGCGCAAGACGAUGGAGAAGGUGCGGCGUUACCGUGAGAGCCAACAGUACUACAAGUACGUGCAGCGGCGGCGCCGUGUGGUGCUGCAUUUUUUCUUGUCCGUUACCUUGUUUUCGGUGGCGCUUGCCAUCACCACGGCGAUGUGUGUGUCGGAGGGGUUUGACAUGGGGGGUCUCUGCAACACCACCAUCGUCUUUGGGCUGCUCUGGAUGGCGUACCUCUGUAUCGUCGCCAUCAUCGUGUCAAAUGUCGUAAUGCAGGCCCAUUUCGAGCCUCUACCGCUGUUGCUUCGACUGCGGCGCAACAAACUGCUGAUUUUCGCUUCCGCCGUGACGAUCCUGCUGGGCAUCUGCGACGUCAUCAUCCCGACGCUGCUGAUUCAGAUCAACCUGGGACGCAAGGAGCGCUUCUCCUGGCUCUGGUGCGGCAUCACCGUCAUCCUUUCCUUCUGUCUCUGGCAGCUGUACACGCUGAUGUACAUCAUGCCCGCGGCGAGGCAGCAGCUGCGAUAUCAAAUGACGCACGUUAAUGUGCGAGAGGGCUUUCAAUUCGUAGUGCUGAACAUCCCGAACGGCUUCCCAUUCCUGUUCGCGGUGGCCUCCUUCUGCGCCCUGCAGUACGUCCAGUACGGCUGCCGCAUCUACAUUUUGCUCGGCGGGGUGCCGGUGAUUGUCAGCCUUGGCGUCCUUGCGCUGGUCUUUCUGCUCGACUUCUACUCUCUGCACCGCUUCAAGGACUUGGCGAUGGGCAUCUGUUUCUUCCUCGCGAUGCUCUUCCCCAUUUCGCUGCUCAUGUGGGAGUUCCGGGGGCUGUGCUUGCUGCCACUCGCCGCGGCGGCCUUUGGCAUCUUCUUCGCCCACGCCCGCUACGUUGUCAGCUCCGCCGUGCACGAGCUGAUGCGCACCAUUCGCGCAGAACGCAACGGCUGCAUCCUCCACCCCUGA